AUGGACAGGAUUUCUGGAAAGCAUUUCUGGGAGCUGAGCCACUAUCUGCUCUGGUGCAUCGGCAUAGCGCAUGGCGACAUCAGUAUCAACAAUUUGAUGUACGAUGUGGUUACUAGGAAGGGAAUAGUGAACGACUUUGACCUGGCUGCACUCAUGGAGCCUGGAGACAUAUCACCACAGAAAAAAGGCUGGGAGCGGACGGGGACGAAACCGUUCAUGGCGCUGGAAUUGCUGGAUAACGCUGAUGGUUCCGUCAAGCGGAGGUAUCGACACGACCUCGAAUCCUUUGCCUGGUGCCUCCUCUGGUGUGGAAUGAAUGAGUCAUUCCCCGACAAGACAAUUAAUGGGUCAACCAGAGACGUCUUUGAUUCCAAAAGGUCGUUGGCUUUUGAUCUUUUGAAGAAGACCAGCGCUAAACCGAGCUUUAAAGAAAUAUGGCAGUGCAUUGUGGACUGGGUUCAGACUUGGGUCAUGCGAUUCAAUCUGUCUAUGCCAGGGAAUGCCCUGCGACUCAUGUUUCCUAUUUCAGUGCCUAAGGAUGACAGGGAGUUUGUCAGGGAGUUCGCAAAAAUCCUUCAUAGAUAUGAGCUGCCAAUCCCAUUGGAUGACCCACAGUUGAAGUGGAUAGACUUCCAAGUUCCACUGCAGGCACCGUCAUCAUCGAAGGACCGGGAUGUGAUUGUGUCGUAUACAUCAUAG